UUCUAGAAAAUGCAAACAAAUCUAUAGUGAUAGAAAGCAGAUCAGUGAUUGCCUGGGAAGGUAGGGACAGGGAGAAAAGGGAGGGAGAGUAGGAUUACAAGCGCACAUGAGGAAACUCUUAGGGAGGAUGGAUAUGUUCACUAUCUUGAUGUAGUUAUGAAUUCAGGAGUGCACAUAUAAGUCAAAAUUUAUCAUAUUGUAUGGUUAAAUGUGUACAGUUCAUUGUAUACCAAUUACAUCUCAAUAAAGCUGUUAAAAACAUUCACAUCUUCAGAAUUCAUUUUUUAAGCAUGAUGUUAGGUUUUCCUUGAAUGUCCUUUAUCAAGCUGAGGAAGUUCCCUUCUGUUCCCAGUUUGCUGAGAGUUUUUUUUUUUAAUCAGUAAUGGAUAUUGUAUUUUUUCAAAUGCUUUUUCUCUGUCUACUGGAUGACCGUAUGAUUUUCCUUUUUUAGUUUGUUAAUAUGGUAAAUUACAUUGAUUUUAAACGUUAAACUAACCUUGCAUUCCUGGGAUAAACCCCACUUAAUCAUGAUGUAAUAUCCUUCUUAUAAAUUGAUAGAUUCAACUUACUAAAAUUUUGCUUAGAAUUUCUCCAUAUAUGUUCAUAAUGGAUAUUGGUUUGAAAUGUUCUUUUCUUGUAAUGUCUUUGCCUGGUUUUAUCAGGAUAAUGCAGGCCCAAUAGACUAAGAUUAAAAGUAUUUCCUCCUCCCCAAUUUUCUGGAAGAGUGUAGAAUUAGUAUUAUUUUUUUCUUUAAAUGUUUGGCAGAUUUCACCAGUAAAGCCAUGGCCUAGAAAUUCUUUCAAGGAAGCAAGCUGGGGCAAUUGCAGAGGUCUCCUCAUCUGUUUUCUGUUUCUCAGAGAUCACUGUCCUUUGUUGCCUAAUUUACAAUGUCUUAAAAAUCAUUAUUUCAUAGAUUUUGUCAGUUGUUCCAGGCAGGAGGGCAAAUCUGGUCUCUACCAUUCCAUCUUGUUUGAAUUAGAUGCCAGAGGCUUGAAAUUAACAAAAAGCAACACUACAACAUUUUUCAAUAAAUACUACUUAAGAUUACAGUAUCUCUUUUUUGGCAGCUAUGUUACACUGUUGGCUUCUAUUUGGCUUCUAUCAGUUACACAGUCAACUAAACUUCUCUUUUAAAAAUAAGUGUUUCCAUAAAGUAUGAGAUAAAAGUUUUUAGACUGAACUAGAGGUUUUUUUUUAAUAGACUACUUUUUACAACAGUUUCACAGGUUCACAGCAAAUAAACCAAACAUUUAAUAAUGGAAAAUUACCAAAAUUAUUGAAUCUUUUUAAAACCUUGUCAAGGUAAGGCAAAGAAAAAUUUAAUUACAGUAAUUGGAAGCAAUGAUUGGGAGGAAAAAAUGGUCUCAUGUUUAUUACUCAUUAAACUAUUUUCUGCUCUAAACUCUUCUCUACAUCCAGUCUUACCCCCAUAACUCAUUGUCCACUCAGCAGUCAUCUUUUCAAAAGGUAAAUGAGAUCAUAUCUGACUUAAAACCCUCUACUGGCUUCUUAUUACACUUAGAAUAAAUUCAAACUCAUUAUCUUGCUUGAUUUCCCACAACUCUCCCUUUCAUUCAUCAUUCUCCAGCAGCUACUUCUGUGCAGGGCCUUUGUACUUUAUAGUCCCUCUGCAUGAAACACUUUCCAUAUCCUUGCAUGGUUGGCCCCUCAUCAUCACUGAAGUCUCAAGUCAAAUGUCAUUGCCUCAGAGACAAUUUCUCUGAUUGCUAAUCAUCUUAACUACCAGCCACUGUCAUAUUACUCUAUUUUAUUUUCCUCAUAGUAUUUAUCAUUGUUCAAAUAUCUUAUUUUGUUUACUUAGUAUCUGUCUCCUCCUCAUUAGAAUAAAAGCGCCUUGAGAACUGCAUUGUCUUGUUGCUCACUUCUGUUUCCAAGAACGAAGCACAUGACUGCCUAAAAUAUAUUAUUGAAUAAAGGAUGAAUGGAGAACAUCUUCACAAGGCAUUGAAAACUGUGUCUAAUUUUAAGUCCUCUAAUACUAUUCAUCUCUUUUUUGGACAGGCUCCAUAGUGUCAAUGUCACUUUUUAAAGUGUAAUGUCCAGAUAUGUAUACAACUGUCCAAGUGUUAUUUGACCAAGUACAAAACACAGCAGGAAUAUAACAUUUUUCAAUAAAUGAUACUUAAGAUUAUAGUAUCUCUUUUUUGACAACUGUGUUACUCUAUUGGCUUCUAUUACAUGUCAGUCAACUAAAAUCUUCUUUCAAAAAAUAAGUGUUUCUAGUCUUUUCUCUUGUCCGCCAACCUAUGUGCGGUUGGAUUUGCUCCUCGCCAUGUCUUCUCACAAGACUUUCAGGAUCAAGAGAUUCCUGGCCAAGAAACAAAAGCAGAAUCGUCCCAUUCCCCAGUGGAUUCAAAUAAAAACUGGUAAUAAAAUCAGGUACAACUCUAAGAGAAGACAUUGGAGAAGAACCAAGCUGGGUCUAUAAGGAGCCUCACAUAUGAAGUGGCCCACACUUAUGCUAUCAAGGUCAACUGUA